AUGAGCAAUGCUACCAGCCCCUACACCGUGUAUACAGGGUUCUGGGUCGACUACUCCCACGGGAGUGUCUUUGGGGCGACCCUGACACUCUCGCGCUCGGAUGGCAGUCUGCUCAUUGCGUUCCUCGCUUUCUUCGUAGCCCUGGUCGGCACUCGAUUGUGGCGGCUUCUGUGCCUCGCUUUGCACUCUGCCUAUUCUACCCAUCUACCCCGGGAUGCUCUCCACCAUCAACGGCAGGCAUUUCUCCGCAAUACUCCUGCGGCAGAGCAAGGCUUGUUCACGCUUCUAGGGAUGGGAAAGGCCUGGCGCCAAGCAAAAGCUUCCAGCUUGAUGAUCCGCCUCUUGCCCCUGUUGCUGCUAGCAGUGGCUUGCACCGUGGGGUUCACCUUAGCGAGCGGAUACUCCUCGAGGGUCGCUAUUGCGCAAGGGAGCUCAGUCCUUCUCCAAGGCGACAGGUGCGGCUACAUGGACUACGUUCCGGACGAGAACGGAACCAUUGCCGGGGGCAUGGACUUUGACCUCUACGAGCAGGUCUACAUCCCCUCCGAGUCCAGAGACCUUUCGUCGGCCGAGAACUACGCACGCCAGUGCUAUGGCCUAGACGGGGCGCAGAGCGGAAGCGAAAGUGGCACGCUGAGCUGCAGCAUCUUUGUGAAAAGGAGUUUGCCACCAGCUGUAGUAGACGCGAAUGCGACUUGCCCCUAUGACAAGACCAUCUGCGUGGACCCGCACAACAACCUUGUCAUUGACACUGGAUACCUGGACAGCCAUGACGACUUUGGGUUGAAUGCCCCAGUGCAGGAGCGAUUCCAAUAUCGUAGGAAGAUACAAUGUGCACCGCUAGUAACCGAGGGUUACAAGACACAGUUCAAUACAUCUAGUGAAAGGUCAUACACUAGAUAUCAGUACGGGAAGAAUUCGACUUCUCCAGACGAUCACAACUACACGGCACAGUUCUCCAAUGACGUCUAUGUAGACCGAAGCGUGGCCGACAACAUCUUUGCUGAUUACGUACCGAAUGUGGACAUGGCAAUCUAUAUCAACGGGUCCAUUGAUGUCAAUGUUUCGAGCUUUGUGCCAAUCGAAGAGCUGACAACAGAAAAAGGCGAUGUGUAUCUCUUCUUUCUCGGCACGACCGGCAUCUUAUUUGCUGGCGAGACCAAGGACCCCUGGUACCGCGCCACGCAGUUUUGGGAAACGAUGACCCAGGACGGACUGUGGCACGGCAACUUGGAUCUUUACAAGCAUGACGAGCCUGGUUCACCCCUUGCUUGCACUGAGGCUCAUCAGUUCUGCUUCAGUGAUCUAGAGGGUACCCCGAACCACUGUACGCCUGAGCUGGGCUGGUACGAUAUCUCCGAAAUGGCUUCGAUACCAUACCAGCAGGACAGCGACUCAAAGCAAAGGGUGCAGUGGAUGGUCAACAGCGUACUCGGAGACUUAACCACCACAGGCAAUGCACUUGCAGCUCUGGGUAUUCAAAUGCUGACUGCUCGCUCGGCGCUGUCGUCUGGGAUCCAAGGCCCUAUCCCGGACAACCAGUGGCAACUCGAUGUACAGCACUGGCAUGCCACUUCCAUGGCCUAUCUGCAGGCGAGAUUCAUCUACGGCGCGACGGGAGCACGGGACGCGAGGCUCCAGUCGAUGAUGCAUAGUCCUCAGACGGACGUGGAGAAAAAACUCUGCCACAGCCAGAAAAUUCGCACAACAGAGUACAUGUCCUUCAGCGUGUUUGGUCUCUGCGUCAUCUUCUUUUUGGGUGGCGUGAUCAUCCUGCUCUCGAUCAUCCUCAGUCCCGCCAUUCACUUCUUGCUGCGCCGGCGCUGGAAGAAAGAAGGCGACAACAACAGGCUGUACACGCACGUCGAAUGGGCGGCGAACGAGGUCUUGCAGUUGCAGCGCCUUGCCCACGAGGCUGUCGGGCGUGGGACCUGGUCGUGCGGGGCUAGUGGUGUUCCGGUCACGGAGGCCGGACAGACGCUCGGCACGCUAGACCUGUCCAAUCCUGCUCACCCAAAGCUUCACCCCUGUUUCAAGGACGAGGAGAGUGAGAUAGGGAGCGAAGGAGGACAGGAGAAGGAACACAUUGAGAAGGUUGAAAGUGUCAUGGCCAAGUAA